GGAAUUGGCGUUUGCGCAGAUGAGUGGGGAGACGGUGCUGGGAACGUUCGGCUUUGACUGGCGGUGAAGAUGAAGUCGCGUUUCAACACUGUCGAUAUCCGAGCGAUCGUAUCAGAGCUGCAGAGCCUACUAGGGAUGAGGGUAAACAAUGUGUAUGAUGUGGACAACAAAACUUACCUCAUUCGACUUCAGAAGCCAGAAUCAAAAGCAAUGCUUUUGGUUGAAUCUGGUAUCCGGAUCCACACAACGGAGUUUGAAUGGCCAAAGAAUAUGAUGCCCUCAGGCUUUGCAAUGAAGUGUCGUAAACAUCUAAAGUCAAGAAGAAUGAUCCACAUUAAGCAACUUGGUGUUGACAGAAUUGUAGAUUUUCAGUUUGGCUCCGAUCAAGCAGCCUACCAUUUGAUUGUUGAACUGUAUGACCGAGGUAACAUAAUUCUCACUGACCACGAAUACAUAAUUCUAAAUCUCCUGCGUUUCCGCACUGACGAAGUAGAAGAUGUGAGAUUUGCUGUUCGUGAGCGAUAUCCAAUUGAUAAUGCUAAAGGUCCAGAGCCUCCACUGUCUUUAGAGAGGCUGACAGAAGUUUUGGCUAAUACACCAAAAGGAGAACAAAUAAAGAAAAUGCUCAACCCCCAUCUUCCUUGUGGAGCAACAUUGAUUGAACAUUGCCUGAUGAAGAUUGGGUUAUCUGGUAAUGCAAAAGUAGGCCAAGAUUUUGAUUUGUCUAAAGAUGGAGAAAAGCUUUUGGCUGCAAUACAGAAGACUGAGGAAUUUAUGGAGAUGACAAAUAACUUUAAGGGACAGGGUUAUAUCUUACAGAAGCGAGAAAAAAAGCCAAGUUUGGAUCCAAACAAGCCACCUGAAGAGUUACUAACCUAUGAGGAAUUUCAUCCGUUUCUUUUUGCACAGCAUACAAACUAUUCUUGCAUAGCCUUUGACUCCUUUGAUAAGGCAGUUGAUGAGUUUUACUCAAAAUUAGAAAGCCAGAAAAUAGAUUUAAAGGCUUUGCAACAGGAAAAACAAGCAUUGAAGAAACUGGAAAAUGUUCGUAAAGACCAUGAGAAAAGAUUGGAUGCCUUACAAGCGAAUCAGGAAUAUGAUAAGAUUAAAGGAGAACUGAUUGAGAUCAAUCUGAGUAUUGUUGAUAAAGCUAUUCAAGUGAUACGCAGUGCCUUAGCUAAUCAGAUUGACUGGACAGAAAUUGGGAGCAUUGUAAAAGAAGCACAGGAACAAGAAGAUGCUGUAGCUUGUUCCAUAAAAGAGCUGAAGCUGAACACCAAUCAUAUCACGAUGUUGCUAAAAAACCCGUACAUAACUGAUGAUGAAGAUCAGGAAGAUGUUGUGGAUCUGGAUGAAGAUGUUCAAAAUGAACAAACAAAAGGCAAGCAGAAAAAGGACAAAAGGAAACAGAAGAAAAUGCUACAAAAAAACAGACCAGUGUUAGUGGAUGUGGAUCUUGGUCUGUCUGCAUAUGCUAAUGCAAAAAAAUACUAUGAUCACAAAAGACAUGCAGCGAAGAAGGAAAAGAAGACAGUUGAAGCUGCAGAAAAGGCAUUUAAAUCAGCAGAAAAGAAGACAAAAAGGACACUAAAAGAAGUUCAGACAGUCAUUACAAUUCAGAAGGCGCGAAAAGUGUAUUGGUUUGAGAAAUUCUUGUGGUUUAUCAGCAGUGAAAACUACCUCGUAAUAGCAGGUCGAGAUCAGCAGCAAAAUGAGUUGAUUGUCAAGCGAUAUCUUAAAUCAGGUGAUGUUUAUGUACAUGCUGACCUUCAUGGUGCCACCAGCUGUGUCAUCAAGAACCAAAAAGGGGAACCAAUUCCUCCGCGUACAUUGACAGAAGCUGGCACAAUGGCAGUUUGUUACAGUGCUGCAUGGGAAGCACGUGUAAUUACUAGUGCUUGGUGGGUCUAUCAUAAUCAGGUAUCAAAAACAGCACCUACAGGGGAAUACCUGACUACAGGGAGUUUCAUGAUCAGAGGUAAAAAGAACUACCUCCCACCUUCUUACCUUAUGAUGGGAUUUGGCUUUGUGUUUAAGGUUGAUGAUCAAUUUGUGUGGAGGCACAUAGGUGAACGGAAGGUAAAAGUGCAGGAUGAAGACAUGGAGACAGUAACUAGCAGCACAUCUGAACUUUUUUCUGAGGAUACUGUACCUUUAGCCCAAUCAGACAAUGAUGAAAAUAGUAGUGAUGAAAACAAAGAGACUGGUACAGAAGCUGAAAAUAAGCAGUCUGAAGAGGUACAAGGGGUAGCAGAGGGUCCACAGGACAAUGAUGAGAGCAGCAGUGAUGACGACAAAGUGACCCAUACAGAAGCUGAAAACAACCAGUCUGAAAAGGUGCAAAGGAUUGCAGAGGGUCAACAGGACAAUGGUGAGAGCAGUACUGAUGAUGAUGAAGAGACCAGUACAGAACCUGAAAACAACCAGUGUGGAGAGGUACAAGGGGUUGCAGAGGGUCAACAGGACAAUACUGAAGAUGAAUCAGACAAACAAGAUGAAAAGGAAGCUGAUCUGAAAGAUUCUGGUGAUCCCCAGAAGGUUGAGGAAGAUCAAGAUGAUGAAGAAAAUGUAGAAUUUAGUUAUCCUGACACAACUAUUGAUUUGUCACAUCUUCAGUCAAAAAGACCUUUGCAGAUACAUAGUACAUCAUUUAAAGAAGAAUCGAUUGAAGAAGUAUGGGUUGAUGGGAAACCACAGAGUCGGAAACACCUGUCAGCCAAAGAGAGGAAAGAAAUGAAGAAAAAGAAAAAGCCUGAGUCUGAAGACUCGGAACUAACAAUUCAAUCUGAAGGCAAGAAAACACCAUCUGUGGAAGAACAGGAUGCUAAAAAAUCUUCACCUUUGCAGCAGCCUUUGAAAAGAGGACAAAAGGCUAAGCUGAAGAAAAUUAAAGAAAAAUAUAAAGAUCAAGAUGAAGAGGAUCGUGAAUUAAGGAUGAAAUUACUUGGGUCAGCAGGCCCAAGUAAAGAGGAAAAGGUUAAGAAAGGAAAAAAGGGAAAAAUAAAACAACCUGCUAAAAAGCAGCAGGUAAAACAGCAGUCAUCAAUCAGAGCGAGUAUUGUUGAAACCAAAGAACAAGACCUUGACAUUGUGACGCAUCACAUGGCAGAAGUUACUAUUGAGGGGAAUGCUCUAGAAGAUCACCAAGAAGACCAGGAAGAACCUGAGCAAGACCUGAAUGCAGCUGAGGAGGGUGAGAAGUUGCUGAACUCACUAACUGGUCAACCUCAUCCAGAUGAUGUGUUGCUGUUUGCUGUACCUUUCUGUGCUCCGUACACUGCCAUGACUAACUAUAAAUACAAGGUUAAACUCACUCCAGGCACACAGAAGAAAGGAAAGGCGGCUAAAGCAGCCUUGCACAACUUCAUGCAUUCUAAAGAAGCUAUGCAACGGGAAAAAGAUUUAUUACGUAGUGUGAAGGAUACUGACUUGUCAAGAAACAUGCCUGGCAAGGUGAAGGUUUCAGCACCUAACUUAUUAGCUAAGAAACGGAAAUAACUACACAGGAUUUACUUUGAUGGACAACCCUUGGAGACAUACAACCAAUGUGUAGCAUGUCGAAUGAUAACUCUUAAAAGCUGCUUUAUUAUUUAAACAUAUGUCUUUGUUCUUGGUUUGAUGCUGCUCAAAGCUGAUAAAUAAAAGCAACUAUUGAACAUUCACAAGCACAAUAUCCUUAACUGUCUAGCCAAAAUAUUUUUUGAUGCUUGGUUUGGAAGUACCACUCAUUCUGUAUUCCAUGUUGUCAUCAAAGCAUUAUGAUAGUGACUUUGAAGUCCAACUUAUCAAAUUUCUGGGGGGGCGGGGAACUUAGGGAGAUGAGUAUUAUUGCAUUAAUUUCUAUUAUUAGGCUAUGUAUCAAAACAGGGGCAUUCAUUCAUUACAGGUAAUUUAUUUAAAAUGUCAUCCAAUAUCCCCUUAUUAACGAUCUUCAUCACCCUUUAAAUGUUUUGUUAAUACACUUUUGAUCCUGAUAUGUCAGAGACAUUACACACAUAUAUUGAGGUCUGCAAAUGAACAGAAAGUUUAACUACCAUUCUGAAAACUCUUCUUGUCUGGGUUGGUAAAAAAACUGCCUGCUAUUUAGUUUGACUGCACAGCAAACCGUUUCCAACCUCCUCUUCUAACAUUGCAAACAGGCUAGGUACAAAAAAAUGCAACUUGUUGUAAGGUCUGCCUAGUUUUUUGCUACCAAAUUACUUUAGAUUACUGACUUUUGAAAUCCUUUUAAGAACGGGUGGAUUACUUACUAGCAAACUUGUCCUUCAGAAAUCAGUGGCACUCAAGAAUCUAGUUGGUUGGGUGGCCAUACGCUAUUGUCAUCCCUUACAGUUUUGUCUGUUACCUCUUUCAGUUAAAGGCUAAGUAUUACCUUUUGGAGGAUUCCAAGCUGUGGAAUAAUCUGUUAUUUUUUUGAAAAAUAGAACUGAUUGUAAAAAAAACUGUGUUAAACUAUGCAGCAUCAAUUCUGGUGCUUUCUCAUUUUGUUUUUAAAAGACAUUCCAAGACCCAGAUUCCUUUCUUGAUGUGAUACAGAUGAUGAAACUUGAAGGACUACAUCUGAAAAAUAGUUGGGUCAGUAAUCCUGGUAUCCUUAGAAAAUAAUGUUAGGAGUAACAAAGACUUUAGUUCCCCCCUCCACGUUCAGGCCCACUGAGAGAAAUUUCAUGUGUGUUCUACAAUAAUAUUAAAAAAUUAUCUAUGUUUCAAUUGUUAACUAAGUAUAAAAUUGUAUUCUUAGUAUACAAACCAAUUGUCAUGGCUCAUCACAAAACAAUUUAUUUGAGUCACAACUUCACAUUAAUAAAUAAACAGAAUGGUUGCCUCUGCAUUGUGAGCAUAACAUUCCUACCUUGUCUGUUCUCUAGAGAUGACUAUUAAUUGUAGCAGACAAGAGAUUGUGCACCUAUGGCAAGUGACAGCAUAAGGCCACACAACAGACUCGACAAAUCAUUCCUCUAUUUGAAGCUGGAAUUGAACAGUAAUGAUGACAAAGAUGCAGUAUUGGCUUGAACAUUCCCUUUGGAACAGCUGUCGUUUACCGACUUCCCUCCUUUACCUCUCCUCCACAGUCGCACACCUGCUGGAAUAUAGUGUCACAGACACUAGACACCCUGCAAUACCUUUCUCAACCCAUUCUUUAUAACUGAGCAAGGGGAGUAAAUGUUGACUGUUUAGUGAUCAUGUGGGCAAGCACAUUUUGGGCUAAUAUACAUACCAUAUUUUCUUUUCUAAUGCCACUGAUGUCAAAUUGCAACUUCUUACGAAAUGUGUGAAAAUAUUGCUGUAUGAAAAGAGUAAAUACUUGCACAAAAAUCCAGUGUUUCUGGGACAAUUGUAUAGUCAAUGCCAAACUAUAAGUCAUACCAACAAAGAAAAAUAUGUAAUCUAGCACAAUCUGCUGUAAUUGUAAAACCAUUGCCAAAUUAAAAAUAUUUAUUAUGCUGUUAAAA